CCCAGGCUGCCUAUCACUGUUCAUCGGAAUGUUCAUCUAUACAAGCACAGGGAACCCGGUAACAACGCCUUGGCUUAGAUUGGUAACACAACACAACAGUCCAUUGAAUCCUGACCCCGGCUGCAGUUGCAGACGAAACUCAAUCCGGGCUGCAUUCCAGUACAGUAAGACAGCCAAUCACAGCUCACCACAUGGCUAGACCUUCCGUGACUCAAUGAAAAAACAACACAUCAGCAAAUGCUGCAAAUAUAAAGGCCGGGAGAGAACCGUCCUAGCUGGCAUUCAGCGUCAACGGCAGUUAAGUAGGCUUUUCUAGAAUUGGGCGAAGUUCACUCACUUAAGACUAUGCAAGGCUUUCGUUUGGGUUUAGUUGCUCUCUUUCUGGGUUUAGUGUCCGCCGGUCCUGAUAGAAGGGUUCAUGACGGCAAAGUGUCGGAUAAGGAGCACUUCUCCAAGACAGGAGUGCACAAUCCUGAAUACGACCAUGACGCGUUUCUCGGACAAGACAAGAAAGAAUUCGACUCUCUGACACCUCAGGAGUCUAAACGAAGGCUUGGAUUGAUUGUGGACAGGAUUGAUAAGGAUCAAGAUGGUAGAAUUACAUACACCGAGAUGAAGGAAUGGAUCAACUAUGCCGGCAAUCGCUACGCGUUUGACGACGGAGAUCGACUGUGGAAAGCGAUCAAGAAAAGAGAGGAGCAGAUUGCUAAAAAAGAAAACAAGUCUUUCAACCCGGAUGCUCCAAUUGACUGGGAUUUGUACAAAGAGGACGCCUUUGGAAAGACAAUAACAGACGCGAACGAAAAGCGGUACCAGCGGGACCGAAAGCAAUGGGAAGUCGCGGACCGUAACAAGGACACGAAGUUAUCAAAGGAAGAGUUUCCCGCGCUUUUCCACCCGUCUGUAUUCGACUACAUGCAGGAUCUGGUGUUAGACGAGUCCAUGCUUGAUAUAGACACUAACAGAGACGGUUAUAUCUCGCAGGAGGAGUUCCUAGAGGACUUGAUUCCCCAGAGAGAGAGGAAAGGAACGGAAGAGGAAAAGGAAAUGAUCGCAAGACGUCGACAAGAGUUCCUUGAGCACAGGGAUACCAACAAGGACGGGCGUCUAGAUAGGAGGGAACUAAAGGACUAUCUGUUCCCUGCAUAUGAUCACGUGGGAGCUGAAGCACAGCAUCUUAUCAACGAAGUGGACAAGAAUGAGGACGGAAUGUUGACAAAGGACGAGAUCAUGGACAACUUUGAGAAAUUCGUCGGCAGUCGCGCAGCAGAGUUCGGUCAAGCUUUAAACAGACACGAGGAGUUCUAAAGGUUGGAGUAGAGCCUUGUUCAGUCUCACUGAGUUAGCGAUCUACAGCGAGGAAGAAACCAGAAGUUGACGGUCAUGUUGGUUUCCUUGACUACUCAAGCGCCGUGCGUUACCAAGGACAAAUGUUACUAUGAUAUCUUGGACAUGUGACCAUCCCUAAGAGGACACGUCACGCAUUUCUGGAUGAGAGUCUCAAUCUGGAACUGGGAACCAAUAUGGUCGCCAUAGUAACACGCUUAAUUUACGUGUUAACGUAAUUACUAAACUCAAUUUGUUGGCGUAGAAAAUGUGAAUAUUGUGAUAUACUAACGAUUUGUGGUGAGAUAUGUCGUUAAAUGCUAACAAAUGUUAUUCCAAUAAACGUUGGACGCAUA